GCCGAGGGCAAAGUCACGUCUGCGGACAAGGACCUCAUCCGGAGAGCCGUGGGUUGCGAGGUCCAGCAUCGAGCACGGAGGAACGAGGUGAAGACGCUGAAGAUUACGGGGCCGUUGGGCAUGGAGGCAGCAGCUGUCUCGAUGACGUGGGGCAUCCUGCAGAAGAACGGCAUCAGCGCUGACAGCUUGACGGACAUGUCCAGGAGGGCGGCUGAGCAGGCCACGCAGGCUGCCACAGCUCGGUACUUGGACAGCAAUGUGCGCGACAUACCUGCGCACGACGACUGGAGCAUGGAGUGCGACCCCCCACGGCUUCAGGGCGACAGCUUGCCCGCAGAUGCCUCCAGCACACCGUCCUCUUGCCGACCAAGCCCGCCCGCAGGUGCAAGGAGCUUCGCGACGACCAUCAGCCCCGAGCAGCCAGCGUUCGUGGUCUCUGGAAGGGUUCUCGAGAUGACUGCAGGCGACGUGGAGGAUCAGGGCUUCAAUGACAUUCCUGCGCUCGAAGCAGUAGUGCGAGAGGUCGUGCACGCUCGCAGGGCGUACUUCAUCUGA